CCAGGUAUUUUGACGGAUCCUUGAUUGGGUUUGAGUUCAAAGCUUUUCUGCAGAGCUUUCAGCAUUCACUGUCUCAAUUUUCUGCAUUUCUUUUUAAUACGUCAGCUGGUAGGCAUACAGCAAUAGAAUAACUUGUUUGGAUAAGGUGAAGUGAAGGAAUCCCACAUUGUCUCCUGCCUCUUCCCUCGAGGCUCUGAUAGGAAACAAGGAUGGGUCUUCUCAGCAUAAUCCGGAAAAUUAAGCGCAAGGAAAAGGAGAUGCGCAUUCUCAUGGUUGGUCUUGAUAAUUCUGGAAAGACUACAAUAGUGAUGAAGAUUAAUGGCGAAGAUACUAGUGUAAUCAGCCCCACACUUGGGUUCAACAUCAAAACUAUGGCUUACCAAAAGUACACUUUGAACAUAUGGGAUGUGGGAGGGCAGAGAACUAUAAGGUCUUAUUGGAGAAACUAUUUCGAGCAAACUGAUGGGUUGGUCUGGGUGGUGGAUAGUUCGGAUCUGAGGAGGCUCGAUGAUUGCAAAUACGAGUUGGAUAAUCUUCUCAAAGAAGAGCGAUUAUCAGGAGCGUCGUUGUUGAUAUUUGCAAAUAAGCAGGAUAUACAAGGUUCGCUGUCACCUGAUGAGAUAGCUAAAGUUCUGAACUUAGACGCCAUGGAUAAAAGCCGGCACUGGAAAAUCGUGGGAUGUAGUGCAUUUACUGGGGAAGGGCUGCUCGAAGGGUUUGAUUGGAUGGUUCAAGACAUAGCCUCGAGAAUUUACAUGCUUGAUUAAAGGAAAUUGCAUCCACCCCUGGCCUCUUUGUUACUCGUGUGGAGUGCUGCUCGAACCCACAGGUAACGGCCUCAGAUUCCUCAAUGAAAAAAUUAAGUUUCUUACGAGAUUGGAGACAUGUAUUGAAAGUGGAUAGAAGCUGGCUUCUUGUUGUUUGCUGCAAUUCAUAUAGGGAAGAAUGUAGCAAAGCUCCAUUUGUUGAAGAGCUUGGUAUCGUUUUUGAGUUUGAAAGUGUUUUAUCUGAUUAUGGAGAAAUGGAAGUUUUCUAUGUGAUUUACUCAAUGCUGUUUUGAAGUUUUGCACUUUGUAACUCUUCACAAUCAUAUAUGAUUAUAUUCAUAGUACACUCACAAUUUAAGUUAUUAUUGUAACACAUUGGACAUCAACUAUUAAGGUUAAUUUUUUUUCUUA